GCAGCCGACAGCGGUGCACCUUGCUCAUGUUCCGCAUAACGCUUUAUAUCCGGUUACUUAUACCUACUGAACAUGUGUAAUUAGUGCUUUCUAACCUUUUUCUUCUUUUUUUACAACUGGAUAACGUACGUCUCAUCAGUGCUUGCUAAAUACGCUACAUCCAAUUGAUUGACUGAUUAUCCGAGCAUCAGGGGAUUCACGUCCUCGUUUUGACUCUUGCCACAAGCGUCUUUGAACCUGAGCCAGUUAAAUGGAUUUUGGAUUUUCCCAAUUUUAGGGCGCUUCAGGCAAUUAUGUGUUCUGUAAAAAAGAAAGCAGUGGCAGUUUUGUUGGUGAUCUUGCCGCUCACUGCCAGGCUCAUUCACCACUGGAAUUCAUACACGAUUACGACGACAGACGUGCUACAAAGACCAGACUCUUUAAAAGUGCUGCUGGAGGAAAGGAUACAAAACAUGAACCCUAAAGAUUUCCAUAUUCCUUUCCAUAUCAAAGACAGCCUGUCAAAGGGUCCUGCCAAUAAUGGGUGUGUUUGUGAAGGCGAUAAACCACGCAUUCAUUUCCCAUUCGCUCAGUUGCUGUUUCCUCAAAUAUCAGCUACCCAGCUAAAUGCGUCCUUCCAGGAUUCAGACCUGCAAAAAGCAAAGCAAUACAGAAAAAAAGAGUAUCAAAGUUUCCAUAAGAGGAUGUAUACAGCUGCAGACUCACUUAUCUUAGCUGAAGCUAACAGCCCGCUUCAGUACCCUACGCAGGGUGUGGAGGUCAGACCAACAAGGACUAUCCUUAUUCCUGGUUUAAGUCUGAACCAAAUAUACAGAAAGGGCCCUUAUUUGGUAGAUCUGAUUGCUACAAUGGGAACAUUUAAUACAGCAGCGCUGGUGGAUGGAGUGCAAGUCAAAGGGGAAGGAGAGAUGCAUAUUAGAUUUCUAAGCAAAUCACUGGCUUCCCUGAACAGACAGCUAGAGCUUGUUACCUACACAAACACACGGUUCCAUCCCAACACAGCAGACAUAGUACAAUUCAAAGCAGGUAUAUUCCAUGCCUCCUUUACUGUUAAGAUCAGACAUCCACCAAUGCCUAAAUUCUAUAAUCCUGGACCCAAAAAUGAAUACAAUAUAAACACUCUUGUCACAAUUGCCACGAAAACAUUUCUACGCUAUGAUAAACUUCAGGAUUUGAUCAAUAGCAUUCGACGGUUCUACCCCACUAUAACUAUAGUGAUAGCUGAUGACACAGAGGAGCCUAAACCUGUAUCUGGACCCUACAUUGAACAUUAUAUCAUGCCCUUUGGCAAGGGCUGGUUUGCUGGCCUCAACCUGGCCGUCUCUCAGGUAGCAACCAAAUAUGUGCUUUGGGUGGAUGAUGACUUUAUUUUCACCUCAAGCACCAAGCUGGAAAAAAUGGUGGAUAUUUUGGAGAGAACAACUUUGGAUCUGGUGGGCGGAGCUGUGAGAGAAGUGACGGGAUACACUGCCACCUAUCGACACAUCAUCUCCACAGACGCCGGGGAUGAAGAGGGGGAUUGCUUACACAUAAGGACGGGGUUCCACCACGGCAUGGAGGGGUUUCCCAAUUGUGUAGUUGCAGAUGCCGUCAUCAAUUUCUUCAUGGCUCGCACAGAAAAGAUACGACAGGUGGGCUUUGACCCGCGUCUGCCUCGGGUUGGCCAUUUAGCAUUUUUUAUUGAUGGGCUCGGCUCCCUCCACGUGGGCUCCUGUGACGAUAUUAUCAUCAGCCAUGCGUCGAAGAUCAAGGCGAUGUUUCCAUGGGGACAGUCUGAGAACGACAAGGCCUAUUCAAAGUUCCGCUAUACUUCCGCUGACGAUACCUCUAUGAGUGAAUACGAUCUUUAUUAUCUCAAGAAUCAUUUUAAAUGUGUCACCAGUGACUGAUAAUAUGGAGUGGCUAAACUUCUGCAAAGCACUUUCAUUGCAGACGCCCUCAAACAAAGCCAGAAAGGACAUGAAUAGAUAGGGCUGUUACUCGUGUCUUUGUAUUGAUUGAUGUAAUUUUGUCAUUCCUGAAAAGUGUUAUAUGACAUUAUGUUGAAAACCAAAGGUUUUUUUUGUGCAUACGUGUUAAUGAUGGAUUCAUUGACGUUUUGAUGUUUUUAUUUUGAAGAGAGAAAAUAAUUAGACUAUUUGAGUAUCUUUCUUUUCAUAAGAAUAAUUUUACAUUUUGUAGCCUAUUAUGCAAACUAAUUUUUUUUUUUAAAUUAACAGGUUGGCUGAUGCAUCAUCAUUAUGGGCAUUGCGUCUUACCCUGUUAGCUAAAAAA